GCUCUCUCUCAAUACUGACCCUCCAUUGUGAGCACGCUAACGAUGCCAGCGCUCGCAGUCGCCGCCGCCGCCCAGUAGAGAGAACCCCCCCCCCCAACCCCCAGCCCGAGGACCGAGCACCACGACCCCGCUACAGAGACCGAUUGCGCGCGCGCAAGAGACGGAGACACUCUUACGUUCCAACCCAACGUUGUCUUUUGCGGGAUUUAAUGCUCUAGCUAGUCGCUGACAGGGAGAGAGAGAGAGAGUGUGUGUGUGUGUGUGAGAGAGAGAGGGAUAGGGACAGCCUUUGAGAGGGAUAAGGAAGAAAUACCGAGGGGGAAAAAAAAAAGGAUUGCUCGCUAUUUCUCACCCUGACCAUUUUGGAGAUAAAGAAGGGCCGAGGUUCAUCUUACCAUGGGAUGUACACUGAGCGCAGAGGAGAGAGCGGCUCUGGACAGGAGCAAAGCCAUCGAAAAAAACCUCAAAGAAGACGGAGUCACUGCUGCUAAGGAUGUGAAAUUGCUCCUGCUAGGGGCUGGGGAAUCUGGGAAAAGUACCAUCGUGAAACAGAUGAAGAUUAUCCAUGAGGAUGGUUUCUCUGGUGAUGAUGUGAAGCAGUACAAGCCAGUGGUCUACAGCAACACCAUCCAAUCCUUGGCUGCUAUCGUGCGUGCCAUGGACACACUGGGGCUUGAGUACGGAGACAAGGAGCGCAAAGCUGAUGCGAAGAUGGUGUGUGAUGUCGUGAGUCGUAUGGAGGAUACCGAGCCCUACUCCCCGGAGCUGCUGUCUGCCAUGAUCCGCUUGUGGUCUGACUCAGGCAUCCAGGAAUGCUUCAGCCGUGCCCGCGAGUACCAACUCAACGACUCCGCCCAAUAUUACUUAGACAGUUUAGAUCGGAUCGGUGCUGCAGACUACCAGCCCACAGAGCAGGACAUUCUGCGAACUCGAGUGAAGACCACCGGGAUUGUAGAAACCCACUUCACAUUUAAGAACCUGCACUUCAGGCUGUUUGAUGUAGGAGGUCAGAGGUCGGAGAGGAAGAAAUGGAUCCACUGCUUUGAGGAUGUCACUGCCAUCAUCUUCUGUGUGGCUCUGAGUGGAUACGACCAGGUGCUCCAUGAAGACGAGACCACGAACCGCAUGUUUGAAUCCUUGAAGCUGUUUGACAGCAUCUGCAACAACAAAUGGUUCACAAACACCUCCAUCAUUCUCUUUCUCAACAAAAAGGACAUAUUUGAGGAGAAAAUUAAGAAAUCCCCCCUAAGUAUCUGCUUCCCAGAGUACACAGGUUCAGACACGUUUGUGGAAACGGUGGACUACAUUCAAUCCCAAUAUGAGAGUAAGAACAAGUCAGUUGACAAGGAGAUCUACUCGCACAUCACCUGUGCUACAGACACCAACAACAUUCAGUUUGUCUUCGACGCUAUCACCGAUGUUAUCAUCGCCAACAACCUGCGCUUCUGUGGCCUUUACUAAUUAAAAUUUAAACCCACCUAGAUCCCUGCCCCACAAUUUUGGCAACUGUUGUCUGAUUGAUAUGUGACAUUUUUGUCCUUGUUUUAUACUUCUAAGUGUCUUGUUCUUCAUUGGUUUCCAUCAAGCAGGUCCGGCCUGUUAAGGCUUGUUAUAAGGUGAGAAGUACCUGAAAUCUGGUAAUAGUUCUCACAAAGCUGUUGUUUCAUUUAUCACAAGGUGGGUAGGUGCCAAAUUUAAACCAAAGGUCUGGACUAUUGAUUUUGUUCUUGUACAUUGUUACAAUCAUAGGAAUGUGCUUUGAAUGUCCUUCCUGAAUGGUGUGAUAGAGUGAGGUCAGGUUAUGGGAGAAGAAUAUUUUGAUUAAAUUUAGGUGCCAAACAUCCUCCACUUCCUACUUUUUCUUCAUUUUAACUGAGCUUGUAAAAACUCAGACCUGCCCUAUAGUCCAUACUACAGAGAAUGCACCUGAUUAUUUUAGAUUCAUGAGUUUAUAUGGCAACAUUUUGAAAUCAAAUGACUAUGCAGGUGGCACUAUAAAUGUUCUAUACUCAUUAAUUACAAAUAAAUGCAUUGUGGAAUAUGAAUUCUAAGAAUAUUCACAAGCUGGCUCAUAUUACAUGUGUUCCGAGUUGACAGCAAAGGCAGUGUUGAUGAAACACUAGGCUUGACAUUUACUUGGCAUUUAGAAGAGAGUGCAAAUGUCCAAUGCCCUGAGCCAAACCACACAAAUGUUAGCCUCUUAGCAUCCUAAAAAGCAACAGGACAUUUUACUCUUCAAAAUUGGAUUUUGGAUCUUUUAACCCAAACACCCAGGGCAUACCAAAAGUACAAAAUCAGUUGUUUUGGCAUUGUGUUGAGAACAGAAUUUUGCUUUAUUACACCCCAAUGAAAAUUCUCUCUAAAUAAUGUAUAUAUCAGAUUCAGAUUUUUUGUACUUUUAAUGCAAUGUUCUUGUCUAUUUACAAUAUGUUUUACAGCUUUUAGUACAAUAACCUGAAUAUAUAUGUAUAUUUAUGUACAGCUGAAGUCAGAAGUUUACAUACAUCUUAUCCAAAUACAUUUAUACUCAGUUUUUCACAAUUCCUGACAUUUAAUCAUAGAAAACAUUCCCUGCCUUAGGUCAGUUAGGAUCACUACUUUAUUUUAAGAAUGUGAAAUGUCAUAAUAAUAGUAGAGAAAAUUAUUUCAGCUUUUCUUUCUUUCAUCACAUUCCCAGUGGGUCAGAAGUUUACAUACCAUUUGUUAGUAUUUGGUAGCAUUUUACUUGGGUCAAACGUUUUGGGUAGCCUUCACAAAGCUUCUCACAAUAAGGAGUGGAAUUUUGGCCCAUUCCUCCAGACAGAACUGGUGUAACUGAGUCAGGAUUAUAGGCCUCCUUGCUCACACAUGCUUUUUCGGAUUGGAUUGAGGUCAGGGCUUUGUGAUGGCCACUCCAAUACCUUGACUUUGAUGUCCUUAAGCCAUUUUGCCACAGCUUUGGAGGUAUGCUUGGGAUCAUUGUUCAUUUGCGACAGAGCUUUAACUUCCUGGCUGAUGUCUUGAGAUGUUGCUUCAAUAUAUCCACAUAAUUUUCCUUCCUCAUGAUGCCAUUUAUUUGGUGAAGUGCACCAGUCCCUCCUGCAGCAAAGCACCCCCACAACAUGAUGCUGCCACCCCCAUGCUUCACAGUUGGGAUGGUGUUCUUUGGCUUGCAAGCCUCACUCUUUUUCCUCCAAAAUUUUUCCUCCAAACAUAACGAUGGUCAUUAUGGGCAAAAAAUUCAAUUUUUGUCUUAUUAGACCAGAGGACAUUUCUACAAAAAUGUGCACAUGCAAACUGUAGUCUGGCUUUUUUUUUUUUUUUUUUUUUUUUUAUGGUGGUUUUGGAGCAGUGGCUUUUUCCUUGUUGAGCAGCCUUUUAGGUUAUGUCGAUAUAUGACUCGUUUUACUGUGGAUAUAGAGACUUGUCUGCCUGUUUCCUCCAACAUCUUCACAAGGUUCUUUGCUGUUGUCAGUGGCAGAUUUAGGCAUGGGUGCCAUGGGCUGUUGCCCAGGGCGGCAUCUUGUGGGGGGGUGGCACGAGGCAUCCACACAGACCCCCCCACCGGUCAACAACUUAGGGGGUGUGUUGAAGCAGGUAUUACCCAGGGCGUUAUACAAGCCAGAAAUGCUACUGGCUGUUGUUCUGGGAUUGAUAUGCACUUUUCACAUCAAACUACAUUCAUCUCUAGGAGUAUAAACCAGACUUAUGGAGGUCCAUAAUUUUUUUUUCUGAGGUCUUGACAGAUUUAUUUUGAUUUUCCCAUGAUGUCAAGCAAAGAGUCACUGAAUUUGAAGGUAGGCCUUAAAAUACAUCCACAGGUACACCUCAAAUUGACUCCAAUUAGCCUAUCAGAAGUGAAUUGGCUAAUUGCCUAAAGGCUUGACAUCAUUUUCUGGAAUUUUACAAGCUGCUUAAAGGCACAGUUGACUUAGUGAAUGUAAACUUCUGACCCAUUGCAAUUGUGAUAUAGUCAAUUAAAAGUGAAACAAUCUGUCUGUAAAUAAUUGCACAAAGUAGAUGUCCUAAACAACUUGAGAAAACUAUAGUUUACUAAUAUUAAAUCUGGAGUGGUUAAAAAUGAGUUUUAAUGACUUCAACCUAAGUGUAUGUAAACUUCUGACUUCAACUGUAUGUAUGUAUGUAUUUUGCACUUGUUUUAAGCAGUGAUUAAUAUCAAAUUUUUGGCCACCAGAAUAGAAUCAAUGAGCUGUCUAACCCCAGGUUGCCUGCUUUGUUGUAGAUGAAGAUUAGUUUAUUUUGACAUAGUUUGUAUGAUUGCUGGUCACAAACAGUAUGUUUAAAACUGCAGUCAUAAGCACUUCGUUAGUCAUAUCUAGGAGCGAGACAGUUCCAACCAAAGUAAUAGCAAGAUGUUCAAUUUUACAUUGAAUUGUGAACAGGAACAUUUCUGUAAUGACUACUGAUUUAAAUGUUGCAAAGGCUUUUUUGUCUGAUGAGAUGUUGUUUGCUCUAAAACAUGCUACGAUGUGUUUCUUACAUCUCCAAGGUUGUCUUUGUUUGGAACCAAGUCCUUGACCACUAGCCGUUGCUGUGUGUCUUUAUGUGUGUAUGUCAAAAUACAAAUCUACUGUACAAUUUAUAUUUAAGUGCCAUAUAUGCUUCGGAUAUUUGCUGCCACAGGAUGAAAUGUGUGUACUGUGCUUCUUAAAAAGAUAGUUAGCCCAAAACAAUCUGGAUGUCAUUUACUCACCCUCAUGUUGUUUCAAAACACAAAAUGUGAAUGCAGACGCUGCUCUUUUUUUCCAUACAAAGAAAGUGAAUAGAGACUGGCUGUCAGUCCCUAACAUUCUGCCCAGCUGAGCAGCUUGCAAAUUCUGCUAAAUAUCUCCUUUUGUGUUCUUUAAAAUAAAAUAAAAAAUAAUAAAAAAAAUUAAUACAAUAUGAGUUUGGAACAUUGUGAAAGUUAGUAAAUUAUGACUUUGUUUUUUUUUUUUAGCAUUAAAGGAAUAUUCUGGGUUCAAUACAAGUUAAGCUCAAUCUACAGCAUUUGUGGCAUAAUGUUGAUUACCACAAAAAAAAAAAAAAAAAAAAAAAAAAAAAAACAUUUAAUUCGUCUGUACUUCUCUUGGAGAAAAAAAAAAGAAAAAAAAAAGGUUACAGUGAGCCACUUACAAUGAAAGUGAAUGUGGCCAAUUUUUUGAGGAUUUAAAUGCAGACAUUUGAAGCUUAUAAUUUUAUAAAAGCACAUACAUUAAUUCUUCUGUUUGUUGAUAUUAUUUUGUCAUGGCAGUGAAGUUGUAAAAUUGGUUAUAUCUUUACACAGAAACGAUUAGUUAAUUAGUUAGAUUUUUAUCACACUAUAAUCAUGUUACCUCAAAUACUGUUUAUGUCUUGUGGCUAUACUUUUGAAACAGUGAGUAUUUUAAAGUUUAUGGUUGGCACCAUUUACUUCUACUGUAAGUGCCUCAUUGAUUUUUGCUUUUUUUAAAGAAAAGGGGCAAGUCAAAAUUAUUUUUGUGGUAAUCAAUAUUAUGGCACAAAUGCUGUCGAUUGAGCUUAACUUGCAUUGAACCCAGAAUAUUCCUUUAAAGGUGCGCUGAAUUAUUUUUUCCUCAUUAAAAAAGUUUUACUCUUAAAGAAAUUAACAUUAAUUUUGAAACAUAGGUAUAAAAUAAUGUGCAGUCACAUGAGAUGAAGACUCCAGUCAUAUCAGUAGCCUUAAUAAAAAGCUGUUUUAUUCUAUAUGGAGAGGGUCCCCACAUGGGGGCUGACAUGUAAGAAACACAUGACCAGCCAAAUACUACUCACUUAAUCUCAGUAACGGCCUUGAUAUUAAACAGUUUCACUCUUGAAUUAAAUUAAUCAUAGCUGACUGUGAAUAGUGAAUUUCUACAAUGGCAUAUGAAACUAAAAACUAUUGAUUUUGAAUGAUGCUGCAUCCACGCCACUAGGUGUCAUUCUAGGUCCAAUAUGACACAAAUGCAAAAGUUACUGAGUGCACCUUUAAUCUUUACCUCUCUUCAGGAUAACAUUUGCAAAACGUCACCUUGUCGCCAUUAAGUCUCAAUCAGUUUCUAGCUGCUGUGAAUCUGUGAGAAAAGUGAUUAAAUUCAAUAGUUUGCUUCAGAAGGCCAAAUGACAGUGAUUCUUUUCCUAAACAAAUAAGCCAAAACAGUAACCGUAAUUGUACAUUUGAUAUUAUCGGGUCAUAUAUGGUGGUUUCCUUGAUGUUAAAACAUGCUGAAUUGUGCCAACAAUGAGCUGUUAUUUGUACUGUUAAGGCCAGUGUCAAUAAUGAGUGCCUUUCAGCCUUUGCACAGGUAAAUUUUUAGGCAUUUUGCUAGGGAGGAACUCUGAGCUUUGUAAAUACAUUUUGCGAACAUGUGUGUGGUGUACAUUGGCUUGCAUUCCAGAAACCAAACAAAUACCCAACAGGGACAGCAAUAUAAUUUAUUUGUUAACCUCUUGGGCUUAGGUAAAGUUACUGAAGGGUAAUUGAAUCUGUCAGUUGCUAAGGGAAAAAGGCCAGUUUGUUCCCUGCGGUGUAGCUGUAUUACAAAUAGCAGUUGUACCCAGGCUACUUUCAUCACACUGACUCAUUUCUAAUGUAAUAGAGCUGUAUAUUUUGCUAAUGUAACAUGAUUUACCUGAAAUGGUACAUAAAUUAGUCAGGAAAUAUUGAGUUCCAUGGUGUUUAAUUAAAAUUUUACUUGGAAUAUGCCUCCAAUUAUACAUGCAGCACCCAGCAGACUGGAGCAAAAUUCUCCCAGUUCCCAAUCCCAGUGCCCAUCAGUAGUUUGAUGUUUUUGUUUGUUUUUGUCAAACUGCUGUGAUUGUUAUUUGUAUGUAUCUCUCACUGCUAUGAUUAUUUAUUGAACAAUGGAUGUCUAUUUAUAUGACAUAAAUUAAUAAAGUGCUCAUGAAAUUUGGUGUGUGGCACCCAUUUUUGACUCUUACCUCCUCUCUAACACAAACAAACCUCUCAAAAUUGCUUUUGUUUGAGCAGAUGCUAAUAUCUUUCUUGAUUGCCGUCCUUUCACUUAACUGUUACCAAUACUUUUAUUCAUAUCUAAUUUUCUAUUUCUUAUGAAAGCUAAUUUGUGAUCAGAUGCUGACAAUGCAGAGUUGAAAUAGCACUUCCAGUCUGAUAAGUUUGUUAUCCUUGUAGACUGUACACGGCCCCAGGUUGUGGAUUCAUAUCCUACAUGUUCACAUGAUGUCAUAUGUGCAUCUAGUAAAGUUCAUUCAUAAUUGAUCCUGCCAAUGCAUAUGGGCAGAAUUGAUCCAAACCUUAUCUGCAUAAUAAUAUCAGCAGACAGUGAAACUCAAGAGGCUUAGUUGAUGCCAUAUUUUGGAUGUAACAUUCUCUUACUUCAUGAUCAAUUUUGCUUAUGCAAUAAUGGACCAAUUGAUGUUUUGCUUUUUGUGGGCCUCAACUAUUUGCUUACCUUGACUGAACCACUCUUGCUAUUUGUAAUUUCCACACUAACCAUUUCUGGUUUCUGUUUCUGUCUGCCUCUUUUUCUCUAUUUUUCUCUUUCUGUCUAUCGCCCUAUUCUGG